AUGCGCCGUGCGUCCAGCUCUUCGUCAUCCCUCGAUUCUCCCAUGAUGUCUGCGUCUUUCGCAUCCUCUGCGACAAGCAUUCACACGCCCAUCGAUGCAUAUCCGGAAGGCGAUUCAUCCAUGACCAGCAGCAGCAGCAGCAGCACCUACUUCACAGAAAGACGGCGCUCCAUUCAUGAUUGGCAGAAAAAAGUCAACAAUUCUGGUGUAGCUGUUCCGCCUUCGCGCCCUCCGACCUCGGCUCCCACCGAGAGUGAGGACUCAAUAGUGUACGAGACCGCCGUUCGCGCCCGCCGUUCUUCUCUCCUCGACAACGUUAUACCUCGUUCGGUCCUCAUCGAUGUCAAAGAUACCCUGGACGCAGACCAUCACCGCCUCCACAGCAACGCACCUGCUUUCCUCUCCCACAAGGAGAUCGAGAAUAUGAUCCGUAGCGCCAAUAGCCCGACGCUCAAGGCUCGAUGGGAAGAGCGCUUCUUCGAAGGCGCCACCACCCUCGCAUCGUCGCGUAGCCCACGACUCCUGCACACCCACGCCGCGGCGAUAGCAGCCUCCCCCGAUUUCAUGGUCGAACAAGAUAUCCCCCUCCUAGCGGAGAAGUGCGUCCACCGAGCGGCACUUGGGAAAUUCGACCAUGCGAAAGGGAGGGAGACGCCUCAGUCUGUCGCGCCGUUCACUGUUGAGAUACGUCGGAAUCUAGGCGCCAUGUUUGGCCCUCUGGUUGCAGAGGCGUUCCGCCUUGAAGUAGUGGAGCAGGCUAUGGCCUCAUUUGAGAGCUGCUGGUUGAGAGAGUUUCCGAGGGCGUUCGCGACGCGCAAUCCUGAACCGGUGCUGUUCUCGAUCGCUGGGACCUCCCUAGCCGCGUUCGUCGGUGAUCUUUUAGUAUUGGGGUUCCUCAGUGGGUCUAACGUCACGAGGUGUCUCGAGAUCCUACUAGACUCCAUGCAAUAUAUGGAGCAUCUGCAAGCCAUUCAUAGGAUCCUUGAUCGUACGGGCGGGGGUUACUGGCGAGACGAGUCAGGGCAGUUGAUGCCUCUGCAACGUGUCGAGGAGUUUUUGUUUAGGUUUUUGAGCCGCGCGCAGGGUAUUCCUCUUGAAGUCAGCCCUACAGGGCAGCAGUACCCUGCGUCCGUGGGAAAGAGGUGGAUAAACGAGGUCGAGCAAAUGGUGCGGACACGGUACACCAGAGAUCUCGGGUUCUAG